UUACAUAUAUUAAUUUAUUGUUAUUACAUAUUAAACAUUAAUUAGAAUUGAUGUAGAUAGUAUUGAAAGCUGAAGAUUAAUAAAAUAACUAUCCUAAAAUAACUAUUUCUAAAGUUUUCAUAGAUUGUAAUUUUAACCAAUCAGAACAUAUAUAACUAAAUUUUAGCAUAUCGUUACAAUAAAUAAUUGCUUACAAUGUCAGAUGACGAAGAUUUAGUUUAUGUUAAGAAACAAAAAACUGUUCAUUAUGGAUCGCUUGAAGAAGCAGAGCGUGCUAGAUUGGCCGCUGUGGCGGAAUCCUCUGAAGAAGAAAAAGAUACCACGACUUUGGGAGACAAUGUCAACACUGUUGUUACAUUGGCAAAUAUUCAUAUAUCAAAUGAAUAUAUGGAAUUGGAAGAUGAAAUGUCCAAAGAUAGACAAGCUCUCUUAGAAGAAUUUGAACGUAGAAAGAAAGCUCGUCAAAUCAAUGUAUCUACUGAUGAUUCAGAAGUAAAAAGAAAUUUAAGACAAUUAGGAGAGCCUAUUUGCUUAUUUGGUGAAGGUCCUGCAGAUAGGAGGACAAGAUUAAGAGAAUUAUUAGCUAAUUUAGGUGAAGAUGCAAUUAAGAAAAAACAUGAAGAAGAGGAAAAACCUUCUCAUCCAAUUGAAAGGGAUACAGAAACAACGUGGUAUCAUGAAGGACCAGAAUCUCUUCAAAUAGCACGUUCUUGGAUAGCUACAUAUUCAUUGCCUAGAGCAAAAGCUAGAUUGGACAAAGCAAGGCAGGAUUUAGAAUUGCCAACAGCCACACGUACAGCACGUCGUCAAGAACUUUUGAAAAAAUUGCAAGCAUUAACAAUUUAUUGUUCUCAAAUUGGAGAUACUAGACCAAUUUCUUUUUGUCAAUUCAGUCCAAAUUCCAAAGUGCUUGCUACAGCUUCAUGGUCAGGCUUAUGUAAAUUAUGGUCUGUACCUGACUGUACUUUGUUAAGAACACUUAAAGGACAUACUUGUAAUGUUGGCUGCAUUGUUUUUCAUCCAAAAGCUACUAUUAUUGAAGAAGUGGUAGGAGAAAGAACUGGACAGACUUGUGUAUUGGCAUCCUGUGCUUCAGAUGGAACUGUAAAAUUAUGGAGUGGUGGAUUUGGAGAGGAACCUCUAGCUGAAGUUGAAGGACAUGAACCACACAGAGUUUCAAGAUUAGCAUUUCAUCCAUCUGGUAGAUUUCUUGGAACAUGUUGUUAUGAUGCAUCUUGGAGACUUUGGGAUUUGGAACAACAAGCAGAAGUCUUACAUCAGGAAGGUCAUGCUAGAGCUGUACAUUGUAUUAGUUUUCAAGGUGAUGGCAGUGUAAGUGCCACAGGUGGUCACGAUUCUUUUGGUCGAGUAUGGGAUCUUCGUACAGGACGGUGCAUUAUGUUUAUGGAAGGCCACUUAAAAUCUAUUUUUGGCAUUGAUUUUUCUCCAAACGGAUUUCAUAUAGCAACAGCAAGUGAAGACAAUACUUGUAAAAUAUGGGAUUUACGAAAAAGAUCUUGUGUGUACACAAUACCGGCACAUACAAACCUUUUAUCAGAUGUAAAAUAUCAAAGGAUAGAAGGACAAUACCUAGUCACAGCAUCUUAUGACAAUACUGCUAAAAUAUGGUCGAACAAGACCUGGCAACCACUUAAAACAUUACCAGGUCACGAUGGUAAAGUUAUGUCUGUCGAUAUUUCUCCCGAUCAUAGAUUCAUUGGGACUAGUUCAUACGAUCGAACAUUUAAAUUAUGGGCACCCGAAAAUAUGUAAAAAGACUUCAUUGAAUAAAAAAUAUAAUUUUAAUUAAAGAAAAAUGUAUUUCAAGAAGGCAUUUUUGUACUAUAGGAAAAGUAAACAUAUAAAUAAUAAUAAACAUAUAUUCCUUUUAA